UGUCAUCCAGGCCCCUCCUCCGUUAUUAAUCCCUCUUAUUGAAGGGGGGAGGGUGGAAAGAAGAGGCGGCCCGGGACUGCCCGCUUCCCCACACGCAGUCAAUACCGUCCUGUCAGCGGCGGCGCUGCCGCCUGCCCGCGCUUUCCUUCUUUCCCCCCACAGACACGCGCGCACGUCUGUAUUCCUCUAGGAGAGACACCCGGGGGCGCCUCUCUCUCUCCCCGUCCUCGUCCGCCUCAGCGCCAGGCCCGCGACUCCUCCGCGCUCGGCUCGGCCCGGCCCGGCCGCCGCCUCCUGCAUGUCUUUGCUGCCCUCAGCCCCGCCGCCUGAGCAGCCGCCUCAGCCCCCUCGACAGACGCCCAGGCUGCUGGAUGCAGACUAAUAGGGAUGCCAAAGGAAAAAUAUGACCCUCCAGAUCCUCGCAGAAUUUACACCAUCAUGUCAGCAGAGGAGGUAGCCAAUGGGAAGAAGUCCCAUUGGGCAGAAUUGGAAAUCUCGGGCAGAGUGCGGAGCUUAAGUACGUCUCUUUGGUCACUAACACACUUGACUGCUCUCCACCUCAAUGACAACUAUCUGACUCGCAUUCCACCUGAUAUUGCCAAGCUUCAUAAUCUGGUUUACUUGGAUCUCUCAUCCAACAAACUCAGAAGUUUACCAGCAGAACUAGGAAACAUGGUAUCUCUCAGGGAAUUGCUUUUAAACAACAAUUUGUUACGAGUUUUGCCUUAUGAACUUGGACGGCUCUUCCAGCUACAAACACUAGGUUUGAAAGGCAAUCCUUUAUCACAAGAUAUUCUCAGCCUGUACCAGGACUCAGAUGGAACACGGAAGUUACUGAACUACAUGCUUGACAAUCUAGCGGUUCAUCCAGAGCAGCUGCCUCCAAGGCCAUGGAUUACAUUGAAAGAGCGAGACCAAAUUCUGCCCUCCGCUUCUUUUACAGUCAUGUGUUAUAAUGUGUUGUGUGAUAAAUAUGCCACCCGACAGCUCUAUGGCUACUGCCCAUCAUGGGCAUUAAAUUGGGAAUACAGAAAAAAGGGAAUCAUGGAAGAAAUUGUGAACUGGGAUGCAGAUAUCAUUAGUCUUCAGGAAGUAGAAACUGAGCAAUACUUCACCCUCUUUCUGCCAGCACUAAAAGAGCGUGGAUAUGAUGGGUUUUUUUCUCCAAAGUCACGUGCCAAAAUCAUGUCUGAGCAGGAGCGAAAGCAUGUGGAUGGUUGUGCAGUAUUCUUCAAAACGGAAAAGUUCACAUUGGUGCAGAAGCACACGGUAGAAUUCAACCAAGUGGCUAUGGCGAACUCCGAAGGAUCAGAAGCUAUGCUGAAUCGAGUGAUGACAAAGGACAACAUUGGCGUUGCUGUCGUGUUAGAGGUGCAUAAGGAACUAUUUGGGACAGGUAUGAAGCCUCUCCAUACCGUGGACAACCAGCUGCUUAUUAUAGCAAAUGCCCACAUGCAUUGGGACCCUGAAUAUUCAGAUGUAAAACUCGUCCAGACAAUGAUGUUUGUCUCGGAACUGAAAAGUAUCCUUGAGAAAGCCUCUAGCCGGCCUGGAAGCCCAAUAACAGAUAAGAAUUCCAUCCCUCUGGUGCUGUGUGCAGAUCUUAACUCACUGCCGGAUUCAGGUGUUGUGGAAUACUUAAGCAACGGAAUAGUAGCCGACAACCAUAAAGAUUUCAAGGAGCUGCGUUACAAUGAGUGUCUCAUGAACUUCAGUGGCAACGGGAAGAACGGGGCUCCUGAAGGAAGAAUCACACACGGCUUCCAGCUGAAGAGCGCUUACGAAAACAACUUGAUGCCUUAUACCAAUUACACCUUUGAUUUCAAAGGUGUGAUUGACUACAUUUUUUAUUCCAACACUCACAUGAACGUGCUUGGUGUCCUGGGGCCUUUGGACCCUCAGUGGCUGGUUGAGAACAACAUCACCGGGUGCCCCCACCCUCACAUCCCUUCAGACCACUUCUCACUGUUGACGCAGCUGGAGCUCCAUCCUCUGUUCCUGCCUCCUGUCAAUGGCAUCCACUUGGCCAGCAGGCGGUAGUGGGGGCCCUGCCCCUUUUGAGGGCUGGGACCCAUUUGUUUGUUUAUGGACCUGUACAGUUGUAAAUCAAAGUAUGUAGGAGUGAAGUAUGGCCGACCUUUUAAAAGCUGCUGCUUCAAGCUCCUCUCAUUAUAUGUGUUGAUGAUACAAUUUUGCACAUAUUAUUUUUUUUGGUGCAUAUUGGUACCAUUUGGCACUAGGGCUGGAACCAAAGUUUUUGUUUGUUCCCUUUUUCCAGGUUUUUGCUUUUAAGGUAUGCAUAUAUAUAUAUAUAAAUAUAAAAAACCCACACAUUUUAAGCUGGCGGGCUCUUGUUUGUUUCAUUGGGAAGCUGCCUUUGUAAAAGGACGUCAGACAGCAGGGUUUGCAUAUGCUUUCUUUCACAUCUUAGCAAAAUGAGCCAUACCUCUCUUCCCCCAGCCCACUCUCAUUUUUUUUUUAAAAAAAAAAGCAUCCUGAAAUAGAGUAGGUCUAUUUGAUGUUUCGGUCCUGUUGGGAAAAGUUUGGUAACUGGAGAUAGCACUUGCCGUUGUAAAUUAUUUGCAGCACAGACUGCUCUCUUAUCUCUACUGAAAUGUUAAGUUAAUUUAGAAAGCCAAAGGUGGUGCAAGAUGCAAGACUUCCUGCCACAGAAAAAAAAUUGUGCUGUUGCAGUGGAGAAUUUGCCAGGGAGCAUCUAAUUGCAUAUACCUGGGUCCACAUGUUUGUGGUAAUCUUCAUUUCUGAUCAUUAGGAGUUCGCAUCCUGUCCAAGCCCAUGAAAGUAAAUGGGGCUUGUGUGCAACCUAUAGAUCUCUGACCCAGUGAGCUCUGUGCAUUGCUGUAGAAGGGACAAGUCUAGCUGAUGAUGGAGAAGCUCCAGGAGCCAUCAUAAAGCCCAACUGCUGGCUUGUAGCUGUGGAUUCUUACCAGAAGAGAACCAUCUCCCUUGCAAAAAAAAUUAUGAAGGAUGCCAGCAUAAUGGAUGGGAUCAGUUUGACAGUAACCAGCAGAGCAACACUGGCAAUUCAACAGACCGCUGUGGGGAACAGACACUGCAUUAACUGGAGGAGAAUUUGGAAUUGUCAGCAAUUUCCGGGAGGCAGAUGCGGGGUUCUCCAUUAAAAAUCUGCAGCUAGGAUUCUUGGGUUUGAUUUUCACAAAGUGAAAAUGCGUUUCAACGCAACCCACUGGUCCCUUUUUUUGUUGUACCUUUUCCAUCGCCCUCCCCUUCCCCCAGGAAACCUUUAGGAUUAUUCAGCUGAGAACAGCAGGUGAGGAAAUGCCUCCGAAAGCCAUCUUGCACUGCCUCCUCUGUGCUUGAGAGCUGGCUUUCCUGGGUGCCCUUUUCCCACAUGAAGGUGAGAAAGUGUUGGCCAUCAUCAGUCCUCAGAUUCAUCUUCUUCCUGACCUAGUCGCCAAAUAGUCAUCCUGUGCUUUUAAUUGCCCUCAUUUGGUUUUGUUUUCUAUCAAGGUUUCUUUUUACGCUGCUGGUUCAUUCCCAACAGUUAAUUGCUCCCUUUAAGAUGUACUUGGAAACUUUUCUUCUGCUUUCCUUCCCCCACCUUCUUCCUGGUGGCCAUUUAUUUAAAAAAGAAAAAAAAGCUUUUUGCCUUGAAAGAGCAGAAAAAACCAUACAUGCCAUCUCUUUAGAAAGCCGUGGCUGCAGUUUGCUCAGAGGAGCUGUCAAGCAGCCUCUGUUCAUUUCGGUAGAGCUUGUGCAAGGUUUCAUGCAUACAGCCUGUUAGAAUGAACGGCCGUUGCUUCAGCAAAGCCUCUUGAGCGGAUUGAGCCCGACUCUGCAUUUCAAACAGCAAAAAGUCCAGUCGACAAGGAAAGGUUGUGUCUGUGUUCCUUUAAGUUUUUCUAUAUUCUGCUUCUUUGCUGCUAUAUACGAUUCCUUGAGCUUAUAUUUUAAACUUUUCAUGCACUUUACUGUUUCUAGUCUCAAAAUGUGAUAUUUUUAAUAAAUGAGAUUUUUUUCCAUUA